GUCUCCUUCGCCAUCGCGUUCCCUUCUCUCUCACGCCCAGGGAGCUCCGCUCGAGCCCCGCCUCCGACACGCCCCGAGCGCGUGACGUCACCACGCGCGCCGUGCCGCGCCCCCUGUCAGAGGCAGCCAUUGUUCAGUGGGUCGUGCUGGCUUUGCCGGGGCUGGGUUGGUCCUGCCCCCCUCUCCAAGUCCCGGCCCCUCCUUAAAGCUGGGAGAGGGGGCCAGUCCCCGGCUCUGAGCACUCUGCCGUCCUCGGGUGCAGGCCACCAUGAGCAAACGCAAGGCGCCGCAGGAGACGCUCAACGGGGGAAUCACCGACAUGCUCACAGAACUCGCAAACUUUGAGAAGAACGUGAACCAGGCAAUCCACAAGUACAAUGCUUACAGAAAAGCAGCAUCUGUGAUAGCAAAGUACCCACACAAAAUAAAGAGUGGAGCAGAAGCUAAGAAAUUGCCUGGAGUAGGAACAAAAAUUGCUGAAAAGAUUGAUGAAUUUUUAGCGACUGGAAAAUUGCGUAAGCUGGAAAAGAUUCGGCAGGAUGACACGAGUUCAUCUAUCAAUUUUCUGACUCGAGUUAGUGGCAUUGGUCCAUCUGCUGCAAGGAAGUUUGUAGAUGAAGGAAUUAAAACAUUAGAAGAUCUCAGAAAAAAUGAAGAUAAGUUGAACCAUCAUCAGCGAAUUGGGUUGAAAUAUUUUGAGGACUUUGAGAAAAGAAUUCCUCGUGAAGAGAUGUUACAAAUGCAAGAUAUUGUACUAAAUGAAGUUAAAAAAGUGGAUUCUGAAUACAUUGCUACAGUCUGUGGCAGUUUCAGAAGAGGUGCAGAGUCCAGUGGUGACAUGGAUGUUCUUCUGACCCAUCCAAGCUUUACCUCUGAAUCAACCAAACAGCCAAAGCUGUUACAUCGUGUUGUGGAGCAGUUACAGAAGGUCCAUUUUAUUACAGAUACUCUGUCAAAAGGUGAAACAAAGUUCAUGGGUGUUUGCCAGCUUCCAAGUAAAAAUGAUGAAAAGGAGUAUCCACACAGGAGAAUUGAUAUAAGGUUGAUACCCAAGGAUCAGUAUUACUGUGGUGUUCUCUAUUUCACUGGGAGUGAUAUUUUCAAUAAGAAUAUGAGAGCUCAUGCCCUAGAAAAGGGCUUCACAAUCAAUGAGUACACAAUCCGUCCCUUGGGAGUCACUGGAGUCGCUGGAGAACCUCUGCCGGUGGAUAGUGAGAAAGACAUCUUUGACUACAUCCAGUGGAAAUACCGAGAACCCAAGGAUCGGAGUGAAUAAGGCCCGUUCUUUUCAGGCCAGCUUAGCUCAGCAGGAGUCUUAAUUUAUUUCUUAACCUUUGCUAUGUAAGGGUCUUUGGUGUUUUUAAAUGAUUGUUUCUUCUUCAUGCUUUAGCUUGCAUUGUAGUCAAUAAAGCCUCUCAUACUACUAUCAGA